AUGCAGCACCCACCCUGCGGGCCUGGCAAUUGCUUGGCAUUAAAAUUUUUUCCGGAGGUCUCCGGGGGUGUGUACUGGGGGAGUGGGGCGGGGGGUUGGGGGGGUGGGUUGGAAGCGGAGGCUCCUCACCCAGCCCCCGCCCUGACUGCGUUGUGUUCGGCUGAGCGCGACGCCAACGUGGAGCGAGGCCUGGCGGUGGGGUUGCUUGUGUGUGAUCCCGAAGGGAGGCUAGACCGAGGGUGCAAAACGGGAGGAGGAGGAGGAGCGCCCUUAGGAACGAGACCGCAGGAUGUUUCUAGUUUUAAAUUGAAAGGAGAGGGGCGCCCCCCUUGUUUAAAAAUAAAUAAAUAA